UCAAACUGAUGAACACCGAAAAACUAUCAAGCAUCAAGCGAACUUUCUUUACGUAGAAAAUCUUUUCAUUUGAUAUUCGCUUCUAUUCUGUGUUUCAACCGAAUGGCCUCUAUUACCGAAGAUUUUUAUCUACGUUAUUACGUGGGCCACAAGGGUAAGUUUGGUCAUGAAUUUCUCGAGUUUGAGUUUCGACCUGAUGGCAAACUCCGUUACGCCAAUAACUCCAACUACAAAAACGAUACCAUGAUCCGUAAGGAAGCUUAUGUGCAUCAGUCUGUUAUGGAAGAGCUAAAGCGAAUAAUCGUUGAUUCGGAAAUCAUGCAAGAAGAUGACUCAAUGUGGCCUCCACCGGAUCGUGUUGGAAGACAGGAACUGGAGAUUGUAAUCGGAGAUGAACACAUUUCAUUUACUACCUCGAAAACCGGUUCCCUGGUGGAUGUCAAUCAGUCCAAAGAUCCAGAGGGCCUGCGAUGCUUCUAUUACCUAGUACAGGAUUUGAAAUGUCUGGUGUUUUCCCUGAUCGGACUGCACUUUAAAAUUAAGCCUAUCUAAAUUGACGAGAAUGAGUAACAUUUCUCUGCGUUUGAAGUUUUGGUCAGCAUUACAUUUUGAAUAACUUGAGCGUAACUUUUAUAGAUUUAAUUUAAUUUGAAUAUGAUACUUAUAAAACUAUAAUGUUUUGAUAAUAACAAAUUUGAUUUAA